CUCCGCCCACUGCAUUUUACAAGUUUCGUUUCUCUCUAACUGCCACGCUUCGCUGUAUUGCUAAGCUGAUCAGAUGGGGUCUUCACUUGAUAAACCGGCUGGCCGUCCAGGUAUUUGUCCAUUAUGUCAUCACGAGUGUCGGAAUCAGAUCACACUAGGAUGCAGGCACCGCUUUUGUCAGGGCUGCAUUGGAGAACUGUGGAGCGGCUCCUCUACGGGUCCUUAUUAUUGCCCCGAAUGCAAAUACGAAUGCCUGGAGCCUCCAGACUUCAGAGACCCCUAUGAAGCCUCCUCGUCUGCAGCAGUGCACAGAAACUUAACUCUUGGGAAAAGACUCUCUGAACGCUACUCCCCCAAAAAUGUGCUUGGGAAAAGGAAGUUUAGUUCAACUACCUUUAGGAGGUCCAGUGAAGGCUACAGACUUGGCACAGGCCCAUCCAACAGCAGCCCAGUCUCUGUCAGUGAUUCUUCUGAUCCUGAUACGCCACCAAAAAAGAAAAAGGCCACAGGAAUGCCUUUAUCAGAAGACCAAGGAAUGUCUCCCUUGUAUGACACAUCCUCAACAGAAGCUACAUCCCCAGUAAAUAGCACACCAUCUAAAAAGAACAUGGCAUCAACCAGUAAACCAUCACUGGAGAAUCCUAUGAGAGAAGAGGAUCUGGAAGAGCCAUCCUGUAGUGGAAUAGAGACGUCCCAACGAAAACCAGCAUCUCCAGCAAGUACUCGUCCCCACCAGUGCUCUCAACAAGCCAAAACUUCCUCAGGCAGUCCUGGGCAACCGUCACGAAACGUUCCAGCUCACAAUGACACAUCUCCAGUAUCUGGUAAGGAGGGGCCUUCCAAUGAGAGCUCAGUGCAUUGCCACUACUGCUCCAGUCGAGAGCAGAGGUCAGCUGUGAAGACCUGUCUGGUAUGCGGGGCAUCUAUGUGCCCAGAGCAUCUGCAAAGCCAUUUGGAAUCACCUGUUUUCCAGAGCCACCCACUUGUGCCUGCUGUGGAAGAUGUGUCACUUUGGAGGUGCCAAGAGCACCAGGAGAUGAACCGCAUCUACUGCCGUCCUUGUGGGAUGUGCGUAUGUACUGUAUGCACUGUAAUAGGCUCGCAUAAGGACCAUGCCUGCAUCAGCAUCAGAGAGGCUGAGAAAGAGCUUAGGGGCACUCUGAAUAGCGAAAUGAAGAAGAUACAGACAAAAGAAACCGCUGUCUUGAAAAGAGUAAAUGAGCUCACAGAGAUCAAGAGCAAUAUUCAGGAGGUGGUAGAGGGCACACGGGCCUUUGUUGUACAGCAGUAUCAUGCCAUGCGGGAGGCCCUGGAAAUGGAGGAACAGCAGGCCCUGAGCUGUGUAGCCCAGGAGGAGAACAGAGUACUGGGAAGCAUUGAAGAACAAAUUGAAACACUGAAUCAGGGACUGAGAACUAUCCAGAGCGCUUUCAGUUCACUGCAUACAUUAGCAGAUGCACAAGGAUCAUCCCGACCUCAGGACCAGGCCUUCAUCAUGGAGUAUAGAAAGAUCGCCAAAGGUUUUAAUAGACUAUCAGACCCUAUGGAGAACCUGGAGCCAGUCGAGGAAGUUAAUCAAGGCAGACUGGACUGCCUGCAAGGCUGGACAGAGAGAAGACUUGAGAUUGUAAUAAUAUCAGUGCCCCACCGGGACCCGUUCAGACUGUUGUGUGGUGUAAAUCUGACUUUGGAUCCUGACACUGCUCAUCCAAAGCUGCUCCUUUCUGCUGAGAACAGAGAUGUGGAGUACAGUGAGAUCCAGCAGGCCUACCCAGAGAAUGACUCUCGCUUCACUGUCUUCCCCCAAGUAUUGGGCUCUAAGGCAUUGUGCCAGGGCCGCCAUUAUUGGGAGGUGGAGGUGUCUUUGGAUGAAGGCCGCUGGAAGGUGGGUGUCAGUGACGGGCAGAUAGUCAGAAAGGGACAGAAAGAUAGCUGCCGCAUUGGCUUCUACCCAAACUCCUGGUGCCUGGUGUAUGAGAAGGGCAAAGUGGAAGCACUGCAUGAUAAGAUGACCUCAGCUGUGUGUGUCACUGGACUCCAGAAGGUGGGGAUACUCUUGGAUUUUGAGGAGGGUUGCUUGACAUUCUACAGUGUGGCUGAAGAGGGCACUCUUACCUUGCUCUACAGUUUCCAGCAUACAUUCUCUGAGCCGCUUUACCCUGCUCUUGCUGUCUCAAAAACACGGCUCUCUAUUUGUGACCUGUUUGCUAGACCUGCUACAGAGUAGUGUGCUGCUUAUAAAUAGCAAUGUUUCAUUGCAGUAUAAUGUUCUGGAAAACACUGUCUUUUCUAGUAGUGUUCUGUAGAAUUUGUCUCUUGCAGUCAUAGUAAAUUGUAUUUUUAUACAUUGAUAUUUUUUAUCAUGUGUAUAUGAUAUGUCAUAUCAUACAUAAACAUAGAACAGUAUCUACUGAGAUUUGAUAAUGUCCAUACCACAGUGUUUUCCAGUCCUUAUGAUUCUUCUUAUGUAGUGAGCCAAUACUUCUUGACAUUCCAUUUAUAACAUAGUAAUUACUGAAAUGACUGCAAAAACAAACCACUGUUAUCAAUAUUCUUUGUACUGAUCACAAUAAAUGAGAUAAUGUACUGCAUUCCCAUACUAACACAAAAUUUGUACAUUUUUGCACUUUUCAGAAAUUACUGCUUUUUGUAUUUUAGUGUCAAAUAAAAUUGACUAUGCUUUUUGUUUGCAGAGAGCAGAGUAUCCUUGAUUUAAAGAGCUUUUAUAAUUAUGAUACAGGGCUGUAGCUGUUCUAAUCAGACUGUAAAUGUCCACAUUAGCUAUGGUAGAAUAUUUGCCUUUUGCUCAAAACUGAUUUGCACUUGUCAGUAUGAGAUCAUCUUGUAUCGACUCUAGUGCACCUGGUCCCUCUGGCACUCUUGCUGUACAACAGAGAGAAUGCUAAGGUGUUUCAUACUACAGACCAAGAUCCCUGUCCAUCAAAAAAUAGCCCCAAUCUUUGUACUGUCCUUGCUAGUAGAAAUUCAUCCAUCAAUAAUUUCUGGUUUAAAAAAAAAAACAAAAAAAACAACCAACUGGAAUCUGGGAUUUAUCUGGUUUAAAAUAAAAUAUCAAAGUUUGAAAUGAGGUGUGAGCAACAGCAAACCAGUCCAGGAGCUGAACCAACACAAAAGCACAAAAUUACAACAAAAAGAGAAGUAGGAACUGUAAAUAAUUAAGGAAGGAUUUUCCUCACAAAUAUGCAAGUAUAAAUAAAGAUUACUUCUAAAGAUAGCCAGAGAGGAGAGGGCAAACCAUGAAUGUCUGGUAACUGCCCCCUCUCUGGGCAUGAGUAUGAAAAUGACCGGUGGUGUGAUCUGUUUAGAACAAAUACCUGUUGAAUAUUGGAGCUGUUGAUGAAUUAAAUUCAUCAAAUAUUUUGAAUCUUCUGCAGUGCCAGAUGUAGGUAAUUUAAGAUCUAUUCUUCAGACAUUUCUGUUCUCUGCAAAUUGUGUCUAAUAUUUAAUUCUCUCUAGAUGAAAGAGAAAAAGCUGUUCAUAUUACUGAUGUUUAUUUUACUAAGCAUACUUUGUUCAGCUAGUGCUUGCAUUCCAGAGAGGCCCAUUGGAGUGUUAAUCGUUUCAUUAAUAAAUAGGUUUAUUAAAUGUAUUAAAUAAGAAUUGCUGCUAAUGGACCCUUGAUCAAGGCACUUAACCCUCUGCUCCAGGGGAGCUGUAUCAUGGUUGACCCUAUGCUCUGACACUGGCUUUCUAAGCUUGGAUAUAUGAAGAAAGGUGCAGUAAGCAUUACAGUAUCCGUGACACACUUUUAUUUCUUUUAUUUAAUUUGUUCUUAUACAAUAAAGAUAAACCAUUCUGUU